GAAUUCACAUCUCUUCCCUCCAUGGAAACCACAGAGAGCGUGAUGGCUUUUGAUGAAAAGCAGCCUGUUUCUUCAAGAUCUGAAACAUCUGGCAUCCAAGAAAUGCUGUCAGCUGUACCUGCUUUCACAACAUCGGUCCUGGAGUCAACCUCUUUUCCUCCUCUGGAAACCACAAGAACAAUGAUGGCUACUCAGAGACCAAAGGUGAAGCCUUCUCCUCCUUCCAUUGCAAUCCAAGGGACAGUGGAGGCGACCCAGAGACGGGCUCCGGAAUCCACCUCGUCUGCUUCACCGGAAACCACGAGGACUGUGAUGGCUACCCGGCGACCAAGGCUGAAAUCUACCUCUUCUUCCCCCCUGGCGACCCAGCAAACAGUGACGGCUUUCAAUGAUAUUCAACCUGUUCUUUCAAGCCCUGUGACACCUAGUAAGCCUGAAAUAGCAGAUACCGAAUCAGCAACAAUUGAAUCCAUUCUGGAAUCUUUUACACCUAAAACUUAUCAUCCUUUCCAAUGGCCAAGGGUAACAUUAGCUCCAAAAGAAAUACCACUUACUCCUCCUAAACCGAAACCAUCUGCUACCCCGGAAGUACAUCAUGUGAAACCUGCCCCUAAACCACCACUUUUGGAGCCUAAAACUUCUAAGACUGUUGAACAACCAAAAGCUACAAGAGCUCCCAAAGAAGGAAAACUCAAACCUUCUACAUCUAAACCUAGACCAUCUGCCAGACCCAAAAAGCCACGAACUAAACCUGCAGCAGCCAUUCCGGUGUCAGUCACUACUAGGAAACCCUACACAUAUGAACAUCCAAAGACUGCAGAGGUCUGGGAACCUAUUACACUUAGAGUUGAACCACCAAGGUCAACAGUAGCUCCAAAGGAGAUUCCACAUAUUCCUUCUAAACCUAAAACUUCACCCAAACUUCCUAUCCCACACGCUAAAGAUGUCCUGGAGUCUAUAACACUUAGAACUGCUCGACCAAAACCAACAAUAGUUCCAAAAGAAACACACCGUAUUCCCUCCAAACCUAGAACAUCACCAAGCUCAGAAGUACCACAAACCAAGCCUGUUCUGGAACCAAUUACAUUUAGGACUGAGAAACCAAAGUCAACAGCAGCUCCUAGAGAGACGCGUCAUGGGCCUUCAAAACCUAAAACAUCACCCAGUCCCCGUGUUCCUCCAACCAGAGCAAGUCCAAAAGAAAGUCGACGAGUCACUUUCAAGCCCAGAACAUCACCAAGUCCAGAUGUGCCAUACACAAAACCUGCUCCUAAAGAACCACAACAUGUACCUUUUAAACCUAAACCAGCUCCCAUUCCAGAUGUUCCACCCGGCAAGCCUGGAAUCUUUCCAUCCUUCCAUGAACCAGUUACUGCUAUGAUUCCUCAUGUUCCUGAAAGAACAAAGGCAACACCGGCUCCAAGUGAAAAACAAUUCAUUCAUACCAAACCAAAAAAACCUGAAAAACCAAGAGUGCCACACACCAAACCUGCAAUACAUCAAACAACCCCACAACCACUUAUUACAAAAUCUUCUACUACCACUGAGCAGUCAAGGGCAACAAUGGCUCCAAAAGAAACACUGCUCGUUCCUUCCAAACCCAAAACAUCUGUUGAGCCAGAAAUACCACAGACUAAACCUGCUCCAAGGACAACACACCUGGGAUCAAUUAACCUCAUAACAGUUCAUGUUGUUGAUGGGUCCAAAAUGACUUUGGUUCCCAAUGAAACAUACCAGAUUUCACCCAAACCUAAAACGGCUCUUGUAACUGAAAUUCCACGGUUACAUACAGCGGCAUAUAAAACACGUCUCACUUCUGCAAGACCAAAACCAUCUGAUAAAUCACAGACCAGACCUGCUCUUAGUAAAACUACACUAGCACCAGCUAGAACAAAAUCACCUGGCUUGCCAAAGUGGAUUGUGCCAACAACAGGUAGAGCUGUUUUUUUGUGUGCUUUGUUUGUUUGUUUGUUUUUAAGAUAUUAGCAAAAACACACGAAU